UCGCCGGCGCUUCUGGAAGUUUCGGCGCGAUGGAUUUCGAGGGAGGGAGCGGGGGGCCCGGCUUCGUGGGAAUCCGCUUCUGUCAGGAAUGUAAUAAUAUGCUGUAUCCAAAGGAAGAUAAAGAAAACCGGAUCCUGCUUUAUGCGUGUCGAAACUGUGACUACCAACAAGAAGCUGAUAACAGCUGUAUCUAUGUCAACAAAAUCACGCAUGAAGUGGAUGAAUUGACCCAAAUCAUAGCUGAUGUGGCACAGGAUCCCACACUGCCCAGAACAGAAGACCAUCCCUGCCCAAAGUGUGGACACAAGGAAGCUGUGUUUUUCCAGUCACACAGUGCAAGAGCUGAGGAUGCAAUGAGGCUGUACUAUGUGUGCACAGCACCACACUGCGGUCAUCGCUGGACUGAGUGAGGAGGCUGUGUCAGCCCGUGAGACUUUGCUGUGUCGUUGUCAGACUGUACCACCUGUGACCUUUCUCAACAAUCAGAUUGUCAAUUCAUGGACAAUGCAAAAUUGAGUCAGAAAAAUCAGCGUGUGGUAAAAUGUUUAUUUUUUUUUAAUGCACUGACUGCUGAUUUGUAAAUACAGUAAUAAAUGUUUUAAAAAGUUGGAA